AUGGAAAUUUUCAAGGAAGUGAAUGAGUCAAAGCAAGGAACUAAAAAGGAUUUGGGACUAACUUCAAAAAACCCAAAAACAUGGAGACAACAUAAUGGAUACAUAUCAGGAAAAGGUACAGCAGGCCUCAGAGAGAAUCUCAAGAUAGUGCAUUCAAAUAAGCAGAAUCCUACAAACAAAGAAAAAGACAAGAAUCUCAACCAAAUAAAAAAAGCAAAUUUACUGACUGAUCCAGUGCUUGCAUUAACUCAACUUCGAUUAUGGGCAAAACUUGAUGAUGCUGAAACUUUAUUUUCUAAAAUUUUUUUAGUUACAGAGCUUCUCUGGUUAUUGUGGGCAUUUGGAGUACAAACAACUAAUAAGAGAAAAAAUGUACUAAUUCCUUUAAUUGUUGACCAUUUAAAAACAAGUGUUUUUCCAUGGAAUAAAAUUAUUUUAAUGUCACUAAUCUUUGCAAUUCUUAAUAAAUAA